GGGAGGGGGGGGUGGUCGCGUGAAGGAAUCCUCUCCCCACCUUCGCUUCCGUCUUCCGCCGUCCCCUCAGCCUUCCUCCGACCCCGGGACGCCGGGGAGCCCGGCGCUCGGCGGGGGCGCGAGGUGGAGCGGGCGGGGGCGGCCAAUGCGAAACUGGCUGGUGCUGCUGUGCCCGUGUCUGCUCGGGGCCGCGCUGCACCUCUGGCUGCGGCUGCGCUCCCCGCUCCCCGCCGGCGCCUCCUCCUCCGGGGCCGGCCCCGCAGAUCAACUGACUUUAUUUCCUCAGUGGAAAUCAAGACAUUAUGAUGUGGUAGUUGGUGUGCUGUCAGCUCGAAAUAAUCAUGAACUACGAAGUGUGAUCAGGAAUACCUGGUUGAAGCACUUGAAACAGCAUCCGGAUUUAAGUCAGCGUGUGCUUGUGAAGUUCAUAAUAGGUGCUCAUGGCUGUAAUGUGCCUGUGGAAGAUCGAGAAGACCCUUAUUCCUGCAAACUGCUGAAUAUCACUAAUCCCAUUUUAAAUCAGGAAAUCGAGGCAUUCAGUCUUCCUGAAGGAACUGCAUCAGGGUUCUCUGAGGAUCAGAUUGUCAGUGUGAGCUUUCGAGUUCUCUACCCGAUUGUCAUUACUAGUCUUGGAGUCUUCUAUGAUGCUGGUGAUGUGGGUUUCCAGAGGAAUAUUACUGUCAAGGUGUAUCAAGCAGAACAGGAGGAAGCUCUCCUUAGUGCUCGUUUCAGUCCCCCCAGCUGUGGAGUACAAGUCAACAGACUGUGGUACAAGCCAGUGGAACAGUUCAUUUUGCCAGAGAGCUUUGAAGGCACAAUUGUGUGGGAGAGCCAGGAUCUUCAAGGCCUCGUGUCUAGAAAUCUUCACAAAGUAACAGUGAAUGAUGGAGGGGGAGUUUUCAGAAUCGUUACAGCUGGUGAGGGAGCCUUGCCUUAUGAAUUCAUGGAAGGUGUUGAGGGAGUAGCUGGAGGCUUUAUUUAUACAAUUCAGGAAGGUGACACCCUUUUACAAAACCUUCAGACACGCCCAGAAAGGUUUAUUGAUCACAUCAAUAACCUCCAUAAGGAGGAUGCCUUAUUGAAGAAGGAGAGCAGCACCCAUGGUGACAUUGUUUUUGUGGACAUUGUUGACACCUACCGAAAUGUUCCUGCAAAAUUACUCAACUUCUAUAGGUGGACUGUGGACACAACUAGCUUUGAUUUGUUGCUGAAGACAGAUGAUGACUGUUACAUAGAUUUAGAAGCUGUGUUUAAUAGGAUUGCCCACAAAAACCUGGACAAACCAAAUUCUUGGUGGGGAAACUUCAGAUUGAAUUGGGCAGUUGACCGUACAGGAAAGUGGCAAGAAUUAGAAUACCCCAGUCCUGCUUAUCCUGCCUUUGCAUGUGGGUCAGGCUACGUUAUCUCCAAAGAUAUUGUUCACUGGCUAGCAAUCAACUCAGAAAGACUAAAGACAUAUCAGGGUGAAGAUGUGAGCAUGGGCAUUUGGAUGGCAGCUAUAGGGCCUAAGAGAUACCAGGACAGUCUUUGGUUGUGUGAGAAGACCUGUGAAACUGGAAUGCUCUCUUCCCCUCAGUAUUCUCCACAAGAGCUCACAGAACUGUGGAGGCUGAAGGAAGUAUGUGGUGACCCAUGCAAGUGUGAGGCAAGAUGAUAAUUAUUUAAACCUGGCUGUCUGAAAACCUGGAGUGAAAAAAACAUGAAGGUGUACUAGGAAAAUUCAAAGUUAUGUUACGGGAUGAGACUUCUUUCAAGGGGCAUUAUGUUGGUGCUUUUACCUAUAACUGAUGGAAUAUUUCUUGAUAUUUGCAUAGAAGUUCCCCUUUUAAAAGUUAGCAUAUGCUGAAAAAUUAACUUUUUUAUGUCUAAGCCGUUUUGAAAAUACCAUAAUUAUAAAGGAAAAAAAGUCCUUUUAUUUAAAAAACAACGCACUACUUGAUUACUUACAGUUUAAUACUAUCUGUCCAUCACUUAGGGUUGUGACUUGGCUAAUUGCUGAAAUCAGUCAUAACUGGUAAAGCAGCAAUCUAAGUGGGAGUUCCACUAGGAAACUGUCUGUUUCUUGGUAGGGAAAUUAGCUUGCCUGCUCUGGAAAUGAAAUGCUGACAGCCAUCCUUUGUGGUUACUUAACACUGAGCACAGAUCUAGCAGGUAGCUGGAGAGGGGAGUUUGCAGCCUAUAAAUUUCAACAGGCAUACAGUAUUGGGUUCUGCUUUGGUCAGCUUCUGUUGAUAAGGGCUCUUAAGGAAAAUCUUCCAUAUCAGUCAAAAGUAAAGUAUUCCUCAGGGUUUUGGUGAUGAUGGGGAAAUAAUUUUCUAAAGAACAAGUUGGUGCCCUAAAAGAAUUAACCUCACUUUUCUAUUUCCUGGGAGUAUUUAUGGCAUGGCUUAUGUCAGGCCUAAUAUUUACCUAAAACUGAGGCAAUAUCUAGAGCUGAAUUUCAGUCAUAUUUGAACUUCUAUGAAGAUGACAUUCUCAACUUACAUCUAGGCUCAAACCCAAAUGAAAAGCAUGACUUUUUUCCCCCUCAAUGCCCUAAAAAUAGUACAACAGAAGGGAUGUAGCAACAUUAAUUUAAUUAGCAAAAUAGUGGAACAUGUGCCUCCCCAUUUUAAGUGGCCUUUUCCUUAGUUGUAAAUCAUAAUCACAUGGUAUCAGUAAGUGUUCAUAGUGAGGUCUAUUAGGAGAAAAUGCAGAAUUCUUAUUAUAGACAGUCAUUUUUUCAAACAUCAUUAGUCAAAAUAGUCAUAACAUUUAGGUUUUCUAUGUAAAGUUGUACUAUGAAGAAAUUAAGUAUAAAGUGUACAAAAAACAUACAAACAAAAGCCAGUAAAUAGGCACAACAUAUUUAUUAGAGCUAUUAUACAAAUGCUAGAAACAAUCUUUUCUUCCACUGAAAUGUGGUUUGACAAAUCCUUGACAUCAUCGACUUUCUUGGCUUCAGUCGCACUGAAUAGUCAUAAGUGAAUUUUUACCAUCGUACUAAUAUACAAUCUCCAUUUUCAACAGAGUAAAACUGCAAUGGCUGUUGGUCAUUUUCUAAUUCAAUUUCUCUGCCUUCCAUCUAAAAUUGAAAAAAAAGUUUUAAAAGGUAUGAGAUGAAUUUGCUUAAGUUGUACUCUCUCCAUACAACUUAAAAGUCAGUUGCCUUCACAAUCCUAAAAAAUGUCCUUUGGUCAAAUAUGUUGUAGACUAAACUUGAUUAUGGGUUUUGAUGAACCUACUUACUUUAGGGCUUUCGUAGGACAAUUUGAGUUCUGAUCCUGGAACUUUGAGUAGACGAGACAGCAAGCCUUUCACCUUUUGAAUUGUCAUGGACUCUGUCAAGUAGAAGAAAAGAAAUUAUUUCUUUCAAAUUCAACAGCUAAUUAUAAAACCAGCUGCUCUUAUAUAUAAAAAAGAGAGAUGAUUCCUAAAGUAACAGUAAUGUAAGCACGCGUUUUUGUUUAACUUCUAAGCACUGAGUUGGCUUGAUGUCUAUAUGUUCUUUGGUUGUAUUAGAUUAAUCAGUUAUUUGGGUAAUGUUGAAAAGUUCAUCUGUUAUAUAGACCAUCAUGUUACAGCUUCAUUAACAGUUGGUGGGGUACACAGAACACAUUGAGCCAACGUUUUGACCUAAGUGACCUUUGACAAUGAGUUUUCAUCCUGUUCCAUUGAUUAUACUAUUGUAAACUAUUCCCCCACCUGCUGUAAUUCUCAGCACAGAGGAAGGAAUGUCUGAAAUAAUCAACAUCCUUUGGUUUGUUUUUCUUGUCCAGCAAAAGAAGAAAAACAUUUGCCAGCAAAUCAGGAGAACUGGGUUCUAGAUUCAGUUCUACUGGGUAAAUCAUUUCUUCUCUGGACCUCAGUUUCCUUAUCUGUAAAUGAUCUCUAAGAUCCUGUUCAGCUCUGAUUCUACUAUUCACUAACGUGCUAUAUCAAUGACACCAAGGGACCGUAUAGCCCUGGAAUUUAACUUGAAUGAGUAAAUGAUUUGGCUUGUUAAGAAAACACAAUGAACUUACUUCCAAAGACAAGUUAUGGUAAAUAAUGGAUAUCUUGAUUAUGAAAUGUUUAGUUUCUUUGAAGCUUUAGCUGGAGGCACAGCAAUAGAGUGUGUGGUUUUCCUGCAAUAUCACAAUGUACUUAAACUCAAAUAUUUUUCUAUCAAAAUCAUUUUUGUAAAAGCUGUCUGUGUUUUUAUGCAACUUGUGAUAAUAAAUGUGAUCUUUAUUUUAGAAUAAAAAA